CGGGCAGGGCUAGGCCGGACCCGCAGGGGCUUUGGAGACCGCGCGGGCUGGGGGCCGUGACCCGAACCGCCGCGUCCCGGGGCGCCUGCGAGAUGCGCGCGCCUAUGUGAAUUGUAUACUUUGUCAUCAAUCUGGAAACUUCACUUUAGGGAGUUUGGGGACACAUUUGCAUUCCUAGUGGGAAAACAUGAGAAAGAAACAACUGGGAAUUUCUGGUUUCCAUUUUCUGAUCAUCUGUGCAUAGAUUCCUCCAAUGGAUCAUACAAAUGAUAUUUAACCACCUGGGUACCCCCCCUUUUAAUAAAAAUUUUAAUCGAGGUCAAUCUGAAGCGACUAUGUCCUUUCUGGGCAGAGGAUGGCCAUUGUUCAAUAAAAGACUGCCAUGUGGAGCCCUGUCCAGAGAAACCUGGGGUAAACCUAGCUGGGGACCUAAUAGGAAGGAAUUUAAACGCCGCUUUGACCCUGUGGAAACUAAGGGAGAAGGUCCAAGAAGGCUUAAGAAUCUAUACUUCUUAUGCUUAAUUGAGCUUCGUGCUUUAUCAAAGGUGGCCCCUUAUUUUGAGCGCUCAAUUGUCAAUCUUUACACUGGAAAUGUAGAAGAAGAUGCUGACACAAAAAUGCUUCUACUGAAUAUCUUCCAAGAUACAAAGUCCUUUCCCAUGCACUUUGAUGAGAAAUCCAUGUUUGCAGGUGACAAAAAGGGGCCCAAGUCAUUAAAGGUAAAAAGUUCUUGAUUGGAGGACGGGGUUGGGGAGGGGAGAGCAGUUGACUGGCUGUGUUUUAAUCCCUUACAUCCAAACAUUUCUUGCCCAGCCCUGCACCUCGUUGAAGUUGGUCUGACUGGGUUUUACUAUAAAUGACACAGAAAGCCCCUUCUCCAGACUUUGCAAUUCCUUUCGCCUUUCUAAGAAAGUUUGGCCACCUCUUAGUGAAGCGUCUGUUGUUAACUGACCAGUGAAUAUGGCAACUUUGUAAAGGUUUUUUUAAAGGGUAUUAUUUUGAGAGAAAGUUUUCUUACUUUAAAAUCACAGUGCAUAUUGUUUUGAUUUUAAAAAUCAUGACUGUUCACCACUUUGAAGGCAAUAAACAGUGUAUUUUCCUAAA